UCGGCACCUAAUGUUUUUGUACUAUUUCUUAAUUAUAUAACUAUCUAUAGAUUUAAAAGCCCGAAAGCAAGUAACUCUGGAGCAGUUGAAAGGUCUUCUAGAAUACCUGAAUGAACACCAAGACCUGGCCAAAGGGUUGACCAGGGGUCGCCGAGGAAAACUUCACUCCGUGAAGUUAUGGAACGUUUGUGCCAAAAAACUGAAUGGUAUCGCGGAAGGCGCUGUGAAAGAUGGAAAAGGAUGGUCCAAGUAUUGGUGCGACUGGAAGUACCGAGUUCGUCGAAGAGCUCUCGAGCUGAAAGCAGCCCGGGACAGCAACAAGCCUCCGCCUGACGGAGUGGCCAGCCUCAGCCAGAUGGAGGAGACUAUCCUGGAGAUUAUUGGAGAAAGUGUGGUCUCUGGGGUGGUCAUAAAGAGCGACCCUUUGGCUGAAGGUGCUAGCUUUUCAGAUGAAGAGGAAUCUUACAUGGCUGACAAUAGCGAGGAAGCACCUGUAAACUAUGGCGUCACGAAGUCCAGGCGAGGCAAAAAAAGAAGGCAUUCGUCCCAAAACAUCUCUGAUGCUGACGACGAGGUUGGGACCAGCAGCCCUUAUCACGAGAGGAAACAGAAGAAAUUUAAGACUGACAAUGAAUCUGAUGAUGAUGAAAGUGCCUCAGAGUUGAUUCGCCUGGAGAGAGAAAAACUCGAAUAUACUAAACAGUUUCUCGAGGCUACUCGGGAAAUAUCUAAUAACGUGGGAAAACUAGUAAGCGUGAUGACUCGAAUUAAAGAUUUGCUUCUAUUGAACCAUAAAGGGGAAUAAUAAAAUAGAAUAUCAAAAAAGAAAAAAAAAUACAAAAAGAAUCUCUCCGGCGGGGAAUCGAACCCCGGUCUCCCGCGUGACAGGCGGGGAUACUUACCACUAUACUACCGAAGACUUGUUGUCAUGGUUAAAAUAUUGCAAUGCUUUGUAUAAGUCACAUUGUAUCAACCACAGUCACGUGAUCAUACAUAUAACGACUAUUUGUGUAUAUUAAUGGCAUUGCAA